CCAUUAUAUUUUUCUGUACCAUUUUUCCAUUUUUUAAAUGACUAUGUGACAAGACAGAUAGAUCAGAAAUGUAAGUAUCGUAUAAAACUAUUAGUUACCAUAAUACCGUGAAUAGUAUAAAAUAAAUGGUAUAUUGUCAUGAACCAUGGUAUAAAUAAAUUAAAAUUAGUCUAAAUAAUUUGUAAAUGUCAUUGUGCCUGCAGUAGUGCAGUAAAUAGUCAUACAAGUCAGAAGUCUUCAUAAUUAAUUUUGUUUGUAUCAAAACAAACUUAGUUAAAUCGUUGGAGAAGUUUAUGUCAAAAACUAAUAACUAUUCAUUGAACUCCAUAAAUCAUAGGUAUUUUCGAACUGCUGUAAGAAACUAAAAACAACAUAACGAGGAGCCGUGUAUUCAAUUUACUAGUUUUUUUGACUGAAAUAGUUUCAUAAAAUCCAAAAAAAUUUGAAAAUAAUACCAUGUCUAAAAAAUCGUGUAAGAAUCUGCUACAGCCAUGAACAUGUUGAAUAUAAGUAAUUUCCUUAUCAAUGACUGAAUUAUUAUCUAUGGAUAACAAGAAAACACCACUGAUGUUAAGUGCAUAUCCGUGAUGCAAACUAUAAUAACUGACCAUUACUCCAGUCCUGUGCAACAAAUUGUUCAUGGAUGUGUUGUUGGAUGUGUUAUUAGUAACUUCUUAAAAAUAAUAAAAAAUAUGUCUAAUCAAAAAUGGUCUGAAGGUCUAUCCGAUGAACGGAUUACAGUAUUAAUGGCGCCAUUCAAAAAUCGGUCAGUAAACGAAGUGAAUUAUGACAACAAAAUAAAAUUCUGGAAAAAUACAAUUGUAUCAGACUGCGACCGUAGGCACCGUUGUUCAUUUUCUGUAAAUGAAUUGAAAACAUGGUUCUUGUUUAAAGGACGAUCACCCUUAUGUUUACUGACGGUUGUUGAGGAUAUGUUUAGAGAAGGUAUUAUAAAAUCCCGAUCAAGCUUUGAACAAAUGACAUCUCAAAGUAACAGUAAUUGGUCAUCUUGGGCAGUAAACACUUUAGUAAAAAAUCCAUUGUCAUGGUCUGUUGGUAGAAUUAAAGAAUCAAUUUUGCCUCCUACUCCUGCUAUUGAUGAAAAAUCUGAAUAUGUUAUCUUACAUUUGAUUGAGAAUCAAGCUAAUGAGCUAUUUAACACUAUUUCUGUGAAUGAACAAUCACAAAUUCUUUUCAUGGAUGAUUUACAAAAAAAACUUCAUGAAAUGUGGAAUGUUGACGUGUCAAUGACUUCUACUGAACUUAUAGUACACUCUUUGGAAAUUCGGAAUAAAGUUUUUGUAGAACGUGGUGAACAUCUAGUGACCAACAAGACAUUAGUUAAAAUCUCAAGUUGUGACAAAGAUGUUGAACCCAUUAGUGAAUUAGAAAAGAAUUUUUUUAAAUUAAAAGAAACUGAGAAAAUAUUAAUUGGUGAAAUUAGCAAUAUGGAUUUUGAAAAAGAAUCCUUGACCAAAGAAGCUAAAAGUUAUAUAGCCAAAAAUAUGAAGCCUAUUGCACUAACAUACCUUCGGAAAAAGAAAGAAGUUGAAAAAAGAAUAGAAAAGCAACUGAAAUCACUUGACAAUGUACAAGCCUUAAUUUCAAGAAUAGAAGAAUCUAAAUACAAUGCCGAAGUAUUACAAUCAUAUGCUCAUGGACUUGCAGCUUUAAAACUUUCAUCCAAAGAUACUGGUCUUACAAUUGAUAAUGUUGAUGAAACCAUGGCAGAAUUAGCUGAAGUCAUAGACGAACACAAAGAUAUGCAAUCAGCAAUGGGUAGUUUAGUCGAUGUUAAACAAAAGUAUAACGAACAAGAAUUAGAAGAUGAACUGGCUGACCUUUUGAGUAAAGAUGAACCAAUAGCAUCAAACACAGAAAAACAUCAUAUUCCAGACCUACCAAAUGUACCAGACAACAGUUUGGAAGGUGAAGAAUUGGACCUUGACCGUAGACUCCAGUUGUUGAGAGAACAUUAAGUAAAUUAAUCAAGAAAAUAAUGAUUUUAAAUAAAUACAAUAUUAUCAUGUAUAUCAUAAUUUUAUAUAUUUACUUACAUUAUAAAUAAUUAUAGCCAAACUGCUAAUAAUGUACAAAUGUUAUUGUGGUAAUUUGCUAUUUUUUUUUACAAGAAAAAAAACAUUGGUGAUAAAAUAUACUUACAUUUUUAAAUAAUUAAAAA